AUGACAACUCCACUCAGGCUAAGUGUCAUCAGCAACGACAACAGUAAUAGCAACAAGAGCCUACCGCCAUACUCCGAUAAAGCCAACCUACCGCAAUCCGUCCUUUCGGAACUAGUCAAUACCGGUAUAGAAUUGCCGCACCCUUUGAUUUUCCGAAUCAGCAACGACUCAGAUCCAUUUAUUUACACAUACAUUGGCGUCAAGGAAUUCACGAGCAAUUCUGGCGAAAUUCAACUCCCAUCAUUCAUCACGACAAAAUUGCACCAGCCAACUGACGUCGUUAUCGAACUACAACCAACCAUCCCCAAGGCGACAUCAUUACGACUCAAGCCACGACUCUUUUACGCCAACAUUACCAAUUGGAAAUUCUUUCUCGAAAAUCGAUUGACUCAGUAUACUGUCGUGAAUCAAGGUGAUUGUCUAACAAUUGAGGAUGAUGGAUUGAAAUAUGAAUUGGAAAUUGAACAAAUUAACGAUUCUGAUACUGUCACAGUGGCAUCGAUCAUUGAUACCGAUACAGUGGUGGACAUGGUGCCAUUAAAUGAGAGUGCUGCCGAGCAACAAUUGGAAUUUUACAAGGCUCACCACGAUCAAUUGAGCAGCAUUCAUGAAUUGGAAAUGGGCCAAGAGGUGGUAAUUCGUGGUUUGAAAUCGUUUAUGCAGCCGCAGUUUAUCCCUCAAAUUUACAAAAUAGAUCUACUUAAAUGGAUUCGUGGUGGCGGCGGUGAUGGUGGUGACAUUAUACGAAUAGAAUUGGAGAUGGUGAAAACCAAUGAUGCUGCUCACUUGAUCAAUGCUGAUUGCUUAGUAGGCCCCUCCAAAUUCCUAACCAUUGAAAAUUUUGCAUACAGUACAUUAAAUGAAGACGAAAAUGUUGCUCAAAUGGUGGUAAGCGGCUCACCUGCAAGUAAGUCAAUCAGUAUAGAUUUGAAUCGCGAUGAAUUGAUUUUAAACAAAUUGAACAGGUGUAAACGGGUUUCCAACGAUGAUGUUGUUGAUGAUGGAGAAAAUGAUGAGAGGUACUUGUACUUGAUACCAUUCACAUGGCAAGGAGAUGAAGAUAUGGUGUUGCGAGUAACUAGUGGGAACCAAAGCGAGGUUGCACAAGGCACAGAAACGGGUACCAUUAAUGAUGACUCCAUGAAGCAAUGUCCAAACUGUUCAAAACUAAUACCAAAGAAGAACUUCCUCCUUCAUGAAUCACGUUGUCGUCGACAAAAUGUGGAACCAGUCGAUGCAAAAUUGAUGCAAUUUAAACACAUGCAAUUGUACGAGAAGAAAUAUCAAUGCUGUUCCCAGGAAUUUGAUUCAUUUUUUGACAUGGUGACUCAUAAAUCCGUCACUUGCCCCAAGACGCUACAUGAAUGCCGUUUCUGCCACUUGAUUGUCCCCCGCGAAUUAGCCACGUAUCAAGACAAGUUUGAGGACUUGACUCAUCAUGAGAAUCUAUGUGGUAACAAGACACAAGAAUGUUUCAAGUGCGGCAAGAUCAUUCGAAGAAAAGAUUUAUCGAAACAUAUGAAAAUGCACGAAUUGGAAAAAGCUGAAUAUAGUCAAGCAAUCACAUUUCGGAAAUGCUCCAAUGUCAACUGCAUCAAUGAAGCUAGUGCUAAUGCGUUGAAUCUUUGUGAUUUGUGUUUUGGUCCGUUGUAUAUAGCCCAGCAUGAUCCAAGCAACAUCAAACUACAAAGCAGGAUUGAACGGAAGUAUAUGCUUCAGUUAUCCAAGGGAUGCGGUCACAGUUGGUGUAAUAAUGAGUAUUGCAAAUCAGGUAACCACCGAUUGAGUAACAAUUCAAUGAAGGAGAAUAUGCAGUUGAUAAAUGAGUUGUUUGCUUCAAUUCAUCAACCUCGUUUACCAAUCAGUGAAAAGAAUGGAGUUCCCAAAGAUAGUGCAACUAGAGUAUAUUUUUGCGUUAACGAAUCGGUCUCGAAUAAAAAUAUUUGGUUUGAUAUAUUGAAAUCAGAAGGUGGUUACGCGGAAGAGGUUAUUCUACAAGCAUUGAAAGUGAACAACGACGAAUUGCUGACACGUCAAUGGUUGAAAGAUAAUGCAAUAAGUAAAAGUUAA